AUGUCCGUUCUGCGGGUGGACGGGUCUGUUUCGCUCGGACCCACGGAAGCGCCCGGCCGUCUACAAGAGGCCGCAAGAGAGGCUGGCAACCCGGGGAAACCUGUUCAUUUUCCAUCAGAGGAGCAAAGUCACUCGCCGUCUCCAGGAACAGAGCGACCAGCUAUCGAGGCGCCCUUCAGGGAAUCGGAUGAUGCUGCAGGUCGGUUACCUCAGGAACCAAAAAGUGUGGCGCCGGCGGCCUGUUUGCGGCCGUCUUCCUCAUCGGCUAUUCCUCCCAGUUGUGCAGCUCGGCCGCCCUUAAUUGCACCGGUCCACAAGUUCGCGAGAGACGCGGAUAUCGCUAAGCUUCCGCUGUCUUGUCUUCGCUUUCGCCCUGUCAAGCCGUCCGAUUACACACAGCUUCGCCAGUUGCAUGAGGAGCUUUUCCCAUUCAAGUAUGAACACACAUUUUAUGACUUUGUCUGUAAAGGGCAGUGCUUCUCCCUUGCUGCCGUUGUCUCCAAACAGGACUUGGAGAGCCUCCCGCGGCGUUUAACCUCGUGUGCACAGCCGAGACCUACACCAGCUCGGCACCUAACUUCCUCCGUGCCCCGGUGCCCCGCUUCCUUCUCGCAGGAUGGCGGUUCGUCGGGGGUUCGAGAGGAAGCGAGCGCUAUCGGCAGUUUUCCUGAAGACAGUCAACCUCGUUCCACGGCCUGUGCGGCUCUGGAUCGGCUGACUGAGCCUUCGACGUCGGGCACUCGCGACGCACAAGAGCACGGCACCCACGAGCCGUUUUCAGACGCGGGUUGCCAGAGACAACCGCGCACUGUCGCCAGCCCAUACCAUGUCUGGGCCCCAGAUGUUCUGGCCUCGAGCGCGGGUGUAAGCGAACGAGCGGAUGGAGAAACCACUGGGAGAAGGCAGCCGUCACCCACUCGUACGAGCCCUAGUGCAGGAAACCCAUCCGACAGCUCCAUUCAUGAUUCGGACCCAUCCCUCGCGCCGGAUGCGUCGGUUUCUCGCGAUAAUGGAGAUUCGUCCUUACAAGGAAAUUCCGGGGGGACGAGCUCUCGCGCGGGCGACUGUGUGAGCGAAGAAACUGGAGGAUCGGCCACUCCAGGCCCAUUGGAGAAGGAGGACGACGAUGCGUGCGAUGAACUGCUUGUAGGGAUAAUCACGGUCUCCCAGAAGUCGGCGUAUUUUCGGUCACAUGAUAUGGACUGUGUACGGAGGUGGUACAGAAUGAAGCGUGAGUGUCCGUUUGGCGCAGAGCAAGCUCCAGGACGUGAGUCGCGGCCACGGACGACACGCCGAAAGUCCACUUGCUGUAGCCAUGCUCUGGGACAAAGCCGUCAAAUCCUUCAACCGAGUGCCCGCUUGCCCGGACAAAGGUGGGCUCCGUUUAGUGCACACCUCCCGCCUGUGUACGCAGAUAGCCUUUCUUCGAACGCCACUCAACGCGGUCAACGGAAGUUGAGCGGUUCAGGGAUCUGUCGCUUCGGAGACGAGAGUUUCGAGAAACGCACGAGGCUGUCAGGCAGUCUCGUCGGAGUCCCCGGCUCGGGGGCAGGCGAGUCAAGCAGCGGGCCUCGUGAUGGGAUCGAGGAGGAGCGAGAAGAGAGUUCUGAGGUCUCGGAUGCCUCGGAAGCGGCGGUCGCUUUGAAUUUCCCGAAUCUCCAAGCCGACGAAUCUGUAUCGGACCUGGCAUAUAUUCUUACUCUAGGCGUCGCCGAAGAGUUCCGGCAGAAGGGACUUGCCCAAGAACUUAUUCAACGAACACUCGCUUACUUUGCUUGUCCUUGUCUUAAUAAGCUUCCGACGCGAGCAGUAUUUCUCCAUGUCGUAGAGUACAACCAUGCAGCGGUGCAUUUUUAUGAGAAGCAGAAGUUUCAGGCGAUCGAGCAUUCGAGAGACUUCUACCAUAUCUAUGGCUCUGUGCAUGGAUCCUUCUUGUAUGCGUUCAAUUUAACGGAGCUUGAUAGCCGUUGCGAGUGCUCUGUCGCCACGGAGGCGAAGCGUUCUCGUGGCUUCGCUGCUGUAAAAGCCUUUACCAGUGGGAAUAUUCAGGAGGGCGUCCAGUGGGGGUUAGUUGGUGUGCAAAAUGCCUUCCGAAAAGUUGGUGAGACACUCGGGAACCUCUGGAACAGCCAUCCGCGCGGAGGAGGCCAUGAGUUCGGUGACUGCACCGACGCAUCGUACGGGACAUGA